AUGCUUGAGCGUGUCUGGUUUCCACCUCCGUUGAACACCGGCCUGUAUCGUGGUGAUCCACGGGGAGAGGUCCCAGCCAUCCUAAAUCCCCACCCCCCCGCCCCCGAAGGCAAAGAUGCCAUGCGGGAGGUGGAGGUGCUGAUGGAGAGGAUGAAGCUGCUGCAGGAAAGCCAGCUGGAGGAGGAGGGUGUCACGCAGGAGGAGAUGGCAACGCGCUUUGAGCUGGAGAAGACGGAGAGUUUGCUGGUCGCUCCCUCGGAUAUUGCGGAUCACUCCCUGCAGUCCAACGUCCUCUGCUUCGUGGAGGACCCCGAGUUCGGGUACAAGGACUUCACACGGAGGGGCGAGCAGGCGCCCCCAACUUUCCGUGCGCAGGAUUACACCUGGGAGGACCACGGCUACUCGCUGAUCAACCGCCUCUACCCCGACGUGGGGCAGCUCCUGGAUGAGAAGUUCCAGGUUGUCUACAACCUGACGUACAACACCAUCGCCAUGCACUGCGGCGUGGACACGUCCAUGCUGCGCAGGGCCAUCUGGAACUACGUCCACUGCGUCUUCGGCAUCCGCUACGAUGACUACGACUAUGGGGAGGUGAACCAGCUCCUGGAGCGCAGCUUGAAGAUCUACAUCAAGACAGUGGCUUGCUACCCGGAGAAGACGACCAAGCGGGUGUAUACGCAGUUCUGGAGACACUUCAAGCACUCAGAGAAGGUGCACAUCAACCUGCUCUUGCUGGAGGCUCGGAUGCAGGCGGCUCUGCUCUAUGCCCUGAGAGCUGUCACCCGCUACAUGACCUGACCGGCCUCUGCUCCCUCCUCCUCCUCCUGCCCCAGGUUUGGGGGAAGGGCCAGGGGGGAGCUGGUACCCUAAAGACUUUGCUGGAAUAUUGUCUCCCCCCUUAAGGGGCCUGGAGCUGUGGAAGGAAAGGGGGGGCUUCCCUGCCCCUCAUCCCAGAAGAGGGGAUCCCCAAGAAGCUGUCAGUGCCGAGAAGACCCCGGAGUGCUGCCCUGGGCUUGGCAGAGCUGGGGGUGCUUGACUGCUCUGUGCCUUUCUUGGGGUGAGCCCGAACGGAGCCAAACCAGGGUGCCUGCGGGCGCUGCCUUCGCCAUGCAGCGCUGGUGUUACACCCCUGUGCCGUGUCCUGGCACCAAGACUGCCGCCGUGGAGGACUGUCCUCGUUGCAGAGAUCGCCAGAGGGUAUCGCGGGCUUUACCCCUGCUUCUCGGGGUCUUGUCGGGCUGGAAGACAUGCAGCUGCUGGUGGGCAUGCUGCCCUAGCACCCCCUCCCCACCUCUCUGGCUCGCACCCAAGGAAGGCACUGCAGGAGUGGUGGGAAGGAUCCGGCCAUCCCGUCGCCCAGUCGGGCAGCCCCCGGUGCCACUCGUCUCCGAGCUGAGUUCCCCCACGUCAGGG